AUGCAUCCCGCAUCGCGUGGAUUAGCCUUGGUUAGUUCUCCCGGAACGAAACCCUUGGAGUCUGGGGAACUACGGAUGUAUUUUGCAAAUGUCGUUCUGUCCCGAUUUCAACUCAUAGAGGAGUCGAUCAACUGGGACUUGGACCAGGCUUUGCAAAAUGAAUCUCUCUUCCAGGCCAUCAUCGCCGUUUCGCAAGCACACUAUGCUCGGCAUUCAAAGGUCGAUGUGUACAAUGUCGCACUUGUUCGCAAAAACGCCAGACAUACUGCGAUAGAAGGGUUUCGCCGGUCGUUGGAACAGGGCGUGCAGUCCGAAAGCUCUGUGGAGCGACUUUUCGCCAUCAAUGUACUCUUCUGUAUGCUCGAUGGCAUGAUUGAGCCCUCAGAUGAGUACAAUGCUUCAACUUGUCAUCUUCGAGGCGGCUGGGCAAUAUUACGCAACUGGCCAAACACUCCGACGAGAAUGCUUCUACAAGAUGGCCUCCAGGCACACUUGCUGUCCAUAUAUGCGACGGUUGAUCUAGUGCAUGCCUUACUUAGUGGCAACAAACCAUUUUUUCAUUCCACCAUCUGGAGGAUGUUUGCUGGUGUUCAGACCUGGUUUGGCAGAUUGCAGACCGGGGAUAAGUUUCUGGACAUUUUGUCAGCCUUCUCAGACAUGGCAUCCUUAGGGCACAUUGUUUACUCUAAUUUGCCCCUCGACAGUGUCGACUUGGUUGAUAAAUGCCUGGCGCCAAUCGAGGCAAUCUUUGCUUCUGGGAGGGACACAAAGGGGGAUUCAGACGGCACAAGCGCCUCCUUAUCUUCUCCGUGGGAGGUGUUUUGCUCCAUCUACGAAUUAUGUGGCCUUAUCUAUUUGCAGAAGGCCCUGCGGUUACGGCCAGCGGAUGAUGAGAUCAUCCAGGUAGCAGCUCGACAGGGGGUUGAGAAGCUUAUUGAUCAGAAUCUUCCGGCAACUAUGCGGCACUGCGUCAUCUUUCCGAUGUUGGUCAUUGGUAGUCACUGCACAUUGGCCCAGGACCGGCAAGCCAUUCUCCAGGCUCUCUCUCCAAGCAUAUCCUAUCUCAGUUUUGGAAACAUGCAGUUGAUGACCAAUUUUUUGAAAGAAACCUGGGCUCGGAAAGAAGUCCACGAAACUUGGUGGGGAUCCUUUGCCUCGGUAUCAGAGAAGGCAUUCUUGUUUUGA